AUGCCCACCGAAUUCACCACCACCUCCGCCGGCGUCCGACGGAUCACCAAAGUCGACCCCAGCGAAGCGCUCGACAAGCCCAACGACCCAAAGACCUUCCUUUUGUUGUCAGGAGUCAACCACGCCCUCUUCGGCAAACGCGAUGCAAAGCAGUACGGCACGACUACCCUCGCGCAGAUUGAAGAACGCGUCACGCAGUUGGGGAAGGAGUUGGGUGUCGAGAUUGUGUGUGCGCAGACGGAUUAUGAGGGCGAGAUGUGCCAGUUGAUCCAUUACUCCCGCUGCCUCGGCGGAGUAAUCAUGAACCCCGGCGCCUGGGCACACUACUCCUACGCCCUGCGCGACGCCAUAGACGCCUGCGACUCUCCCGUCAUCGAAGUGCACAUCUCGAACGUAUAUGCAAGGGAGGAGUUCAGGCAUAAGAGCGUCACGGCGCCUGUUGUGAAAGGGUAUAUCGCGGGUUGCGGGGUGUUGGGAUACGAGUUGGGAUUGCGGACGGCGAUUGAGAGGAGGAAGGAGAGGGACGCGGAGUUGGCGGUGGCUUCUCAGAAGUAG